UAGGACCUGGUUGUUAAUAUUUUCAUGUCUAAAAGAUGCAAGCAUAUGCAAAAUGACGUCAUAAGGUCAUUAUCGCUCGGGUAUUCUCCGAUGGGCCGAACCGCUGUGGAGUUUAGUAUUUAGUGCCUUCCGUAUUUUCGAGCGCAGACAUUAUGAAUUUCUUAAUGUCAUUUCAUGGCCACCAUACACACUGAUAUCGCGGUGCGCACAGCAAUAUCGGAAUGUAAACAAUGUAUUACACAAACGCACACAGAAAGGGCUCCAUGUGCUUUGCAAGCGCUACAGUACAUACACACCAUCAAAGCAUUCAUUUUGAAAGCAGUUUUUUGUUUGCUCUUGUGCAGUUAGUGAGCCUGAACAAUCUCUUGCUUUUGGUAUUUCUUGAUCGGUUCAUUGCUCCACCGACCUUGGUACUUGAUAAUCUUUCGUCAAGGUACGUUUUUAGACGUGGAUACCUGGCGGAAAAAAAACCAAUGCUGAAAGUGAAAGGGAGACAUUUGUUUGGUGUUUGAAAUGUGUGGUGGAUGAUGAGGAUGACAGAGCACAAUGGUGUAAUCAUUAAGGAUGAUGCGUUUAUGCCAGCACCCUGACCAAACUCCACGGCUGAAGUCACGGAGCAUCCCCGGAGCCAUGCCAAACCCAGCCACUUCUCAUCAAAGACCCACGAACCACAACCGGUCAAAGCCAAGUCCCCAAGGGUUGAGAUCUCGGAAAAAUGGCGUCCACCGGCACAACCCUCCGGAAAGAGUGGACUCUCAGAAUAACAUCUUGAAGAAGUCUCAAGAAGCAAGUUUAGAUGACUGGGACCUGAACAUUCCUGUUCCUAAGCUAUCGCUGAGACAAGCGGCGUGUGUGGUAGCCAUCUUGUCUCUACUUUGCUAUGGCAACAGUCUCUAUGGUGACUUUGUCUUUGAUGAUAUGGAAGCGGUGCUUAGCAACAAAGACGUGAAACCGGAAACGCCGAUUGCGGAACUGUUUUACGACGACUUCUGGGGAGAGAGACUAACUAAGAAUCAUAGUCAUAAAUCUUACAGACCUAUCACCGUUCUCACCUUUAGGUUCAACUAUUUCCUCAGUGGUGGUUUUCAUCCGCUCGGUUUCCAUUUGACAAACAUCAUCCUACACUCCGUCAUUAGUGUCUUGUCCUUAGUCAUCUUCUCCAUCCUCUUUGCUGAUCAGCCGUCUCAAGAUGACAUUGACGAUGAGGAUGAUGUCCGAUGGCAGCUUGGGUUCUCCUCUCCUAGAGCUAGUCUCCUGUGUGCUCUGUUCUUCACAGCUCACCCCAUUCACACUGAGAGUGUGGCAGGUGUUGUUGGAAGAGCUGAUCUUUUAUGUGCAUUAUUCUUUUUCCAGUCUUUUUAUUUUUACGUUUCUGCUUUGGCAAAAGGAGGAUGUGGCCAUUCUUUGCUGAGAUUGUUUUAUUGUUUACUGUGCUGUAUGGCCUCAAUGCUUUGUAAAGAACAAGGAAUCACUGUUAUUGGUGUCUGUAUAAUUUACGAUGUCAUCAGCAACUGUAAAUUAGACAUCCUCCAAAUCUUCCAGUACUAUCUUAGUCGUCAUAGAAACCAGACCAAAGAAGACUAUUCUGUAGAUCCAAGAUGGCUGCCUUCCUUAUUAACCAGACUGUGUAUAAUGGCGUUUUGUGGAGUUGGGCUUCUUAUCGGAAGGUUGUUUAUUAUGGGGGGUGGUCCUCCACCGUUUCAGCAUUUUGACAACCCAGCUUCGUUUGCAGAAGGAGCUAUAACAAGGAUGGUGAACUACAACUUCAUUUAUUCCAUCAAUGUCUGGCUCCUGAUGGUGCCUCACUGGCUCUGUUUUGAUUGGUCAAUGGGCUGUGUGUCUUUGAUAGAAUCCACCAAUGAUGUGAGAGUAUUGGUCCCUACUGCAUUGUGGGUAUUCUUGGGUUGUCUGAUCUUCAAGUGCUUUAUGGAUCCGCCAAGCCAGAGGAGGAGGGUUUUGACAAUGGCCGUGGCUCUACUGAUAAUUCCUUUCUUGCCAGCCUCUAAUCUCUUCUUCAGAGUUGGUUUUGUCAUCGCUGAACGAGUCUUGUACCUACCUAGUCUAGGCUUCUGUAUGUUACUGACUCUAAUGGUCAACAGACUAUCAUCUCAUCUGCCUGGUGGUAGAACGGUUAUGAAGUGUGUCGUGGUUGGUGUUCUGGUGUACUAUGCGAGUCGAUGUAUUGGCCGUAACAAAGACUGGAGUACAGAGGAAAGACUCUACAAGGCUGGGUUAGACGUCUGCCCACUAAAUGCUAAGGUCCAUUAUAACAUUGGAAAGAACGCAGCAGACAGAGGCAGCAUAGACGAGGCAAUAACAUACUACAGACAAGCCCUAAGUUUGAAUCCAGUGUACGACCAAUCCAUGAAUAAUCUUGCCAAUUUACUGAAGGAUCAAGGACAUCUCGAGGAGGCAGAGGAAUUGCUACAACAUGCUGUGAGAAUCAGGCCCCAGUUUGCUGCGGCGUGGAUGAAUCUUGGCAUCGUUCAAGCGGCCACCAAGAAGUUCUCCCAAGCUGAGCAGAGUUAUCAGACGGCGCUAUACCAUCGCCAUAGAUACGCAGAUUGUUACUUUAAUUUGGGUAACAUGUAUGUUGAAUUGGGUCGCCACGAUGACGCCCUCGUGGCUUGGUAUAACGCCACUGCACUGCAGCCAGAUCACACCAGCUCCUGGGCAAACAUUGCCACAUUACAUGACCGCGCUGGCCAGCAUGAGACCGCCAUCUUGGUUGCUAAGGAGGCAAUGAAACAUGUACCUGACGAACCAUCAAUCUAUUACGGACUGGGAAACGUACUCGGCAAGGAAGGACGCUAUGAGGAAGCAGAGGCCAUGUUUCUGAAGGCCAUUCAACUGAAUCCUAGAUUGGCGAAUUACCAUGGCAACCUUGGAGUGUUGUAUCAUAGAUGGGGGAAAUACAGCAAAGCACAGCAGCAUUACCAAGCAGCCUUAGAGCUGGAUCCAAAGUCUCACAAUGCUAAAGAAAACCUCAAGAAAUUACAACAAACUAUGACGAGGCAAAGCAAGACACAAACACAAACUGGACCCAAAUAGGGUUGUGCCGUGAAAAGAUUUUCACAGGCAUGAUGUUCUUCCUACUUAAGGCUGAUUUCCAGUUGUUUUUUUACCUUUGAAACAAAAUCUGAAAAACUGUGAUUAAUAACAUUUAGGUCAAGCCCUUGUGCUAAAAAAAAGGUUUUUGAGUACCCAGUGUUUAUGCAAAAACCAUGAAAUACAAAUUUGGCGAUAUGUUUCUUGGUGACGCUUAUAACUUAUCUGACAAACACCUAAACUGUUCUUUAACUGGACAAAAUAACAAGGAAACAAUAUUUUGAUGAAUUUCUAGAUAUGAGUAGACGUGUUGAGAAGUCGUUAAACGUAUGUCAAGGUGAUGGCGUACCAUCUCUUGUGGGAUUAUACUGUCGGGACCCAGCAGUCUUGCAAGAGCAGUCACUUUUGAGUAAUUACUGCGGCAACAAUAUAACGGCUUGUGCACAAGUCUAAGAUAUGUCUUGAUCAGAAUUAAGUGAGACUGGGGUGUUUUAGACACUUUUAAAAAAACCUGUAAAAUAUUUUCACAGAAACCUUAGCAUGGACAUUUUAACCUUUUUUAGUAUAGAAAAUUCUAACUUUUAUAUUGUAAUUUUGCAAUAUUUGUAACUGAACACCCAAGAAAAUAUAUAUUUAUUAACUUAUUAAUAUUCUACAAAUAUAGCCAUGUCUAACAUGCUUUUUAAACUAACUUGGACUAUUUUACCCAGAGUAUGACUUGGAUUUGUAAGCAAAUAUUAAUCUUAACAUUAAACAUCGUAAAAUAAUUCUUGUGAAUAUUAAAGAAUACUUCAAGAUAAAACUUGUAUAUAUAAUCUAAUGCAAAGUAUGGAAAGAGAUACGCGAAUAAGUUGUCUGUGUGGUUUUUAACAAACUACUUGGUUCAUAUGGGCCCGAAACAGCACACUUGAAAGUUUUUUGUAUUAGAUAAUUUCAGGGUAAGUUGAGGGCACUUUAUAAGUUUCAAAGGCUUACUAUGUAUGCUUUUUUUAAUAUAACAUGUCCUGUCUCUGCCUCUUUUUAUACUUUCGUCCCAAUUAUGCCAAAACAGCAUAUUUCUCUACCUGAUUUCUAAAGCUGUAAUUUUUUGAGUUAGGCAGGCUGUUUUUUAUGGAAGGGCCGCGUGGCUCGAUCUGCUGAAAGCCAUACUUUUUUUUUUAUUCACAGAUUUACAAAUAACUUACAGGGUUUACAGAAGGUAAUGGUGAAAGACUUCCCU